GUGACCUGUUUGGUUUUCUACGCUCGAUCGCGUACUUUUUCAACUCUAUAAUUUACUUUCCAAUCGAUCAAAUUACUAGUUCACGUUGCUCUUGGCACACACACUCAUGCAAAAUUGAUCAUUAUAUUGCAUACAUAAUAAUCAAAAUAUCAUUUAAGAGUAAAGUAAAAAGAUGCGAAGCAGAAAGUGAAUACUUCACAAACGGUUUGGAUGAAGUCUGCACUUCCGUCACAUCGCGACGAAACUUUACGGAAGGGUGACUUUUUUCGAAUAUGAAUGGAACAAUGGACUCUGUGUGAAUUAUGCGAACAAAAUUUUUCAUCUCAAACUAAUGUGCAUCGGACACAUUGUAUCUAACGUAAUCCUUUCUCUCGCACAUUCAAGUGGUUUGCGCAGUUGAGCACGAAUUACGUCAUAGAAUACGAUGACGGAGAACGUGUACGUUAUAAAGGUGAAGACGAAACCGCCGUUGUCGUCUUUGUACCCGUCGGAGCGUCGCUACUCGGCGUCGACGAUCGGCGGCCUGUCCUUGGUCCACUUCGGUCUAGGAGCUCUGUCCCUCCUUCUGGGCACCUUCGCCUUGUCCCUGCAGGGCCCGAUUUUGUCUGUUGCGUGUCUGGUGCCGUUCGUGACGGGUCUCCUCGCUUGGCGGCGUUGGUACAUCGACCGGAACAUCACCAUUUUCUUCUACGGCAGCCUCUUCUCCCUGGUGGUCGCGGUCCUCUGCUUCGUCGUCACGAUCCUCGACGUCGCGGCGGUUUCCGGUAGCACCGAAGGAUCCCUAUGGUCGCUGGAGAAGAUUCUUGACGCGCCGCGUUAUUCUCUUCAUCCCGCUGUAGAUUUAAAAAAUGAUACGCACGUGGACGAUAUUACGCCGCUCAAGAACAACUCUCUCAAUGACACUGAAAAUCAGGAUUUUCUGAAGAUCAACGAAUCUAAUAAGUCUUCCCACACUGAAUCCAAUGUAUCAGAUUUUCAUGACGAAACCAAAAUCGACGCUUACGACGAUCUCAAAGCGGAAGCGUCUUUCACAUUUGAGGAAAGGACGAUGAUAUCCAGGGAAAGCUUUCAAAGUAAAGACACGACGAACAUCACGCAAGGACCGACGAAAGAUUUAACAAAGGAAGAGACCAAAACUUUCUGGCGCAGUCGUUACGAGAACUCGCCGCACACGAAGAUGCUGUUGACUUUGAACGUCCUGGUGGCGUCUCUUCUGGAGAUCUUUUGGUCGCUGCUCAGCGCGAAGAUCGCGUUCCGCGGUAUGAUGAAUCGUCUGCCGGAAAAUGGCAAUGUCGUCACCAGUUUGAAGACGACGAGGUUGCCGGUACAGAAGAGAAAACCGCCGGCGCCCAAGCCGGAUAUUUUGGAUCACGAUCGUCGGCUGUCGGAGAGCCUUCAGAACUUCACCACCCUGCAGAGUCUCGCCGGUUCAGGAUCGCGGCUACCCUUGCCGGAAUCUAGCAGAGAAUUUCGGGAAAGAGUCGAGAGAUUCUUGGCGAAUCAGGAAACGCAAAGAGUCGUCGAAGGUGCUUGAAACUAACAUUACGACUUUGUUCAACAAAGUCUUGAAAUAUUAGAAAAAACUUAUUCUUGUCUGUCUUUCACAAUAUAGGAUGUUCUAUUGCUUAGAAACAUGUUCCGACAUUUCUAUUGACAUUAAUUAUUCGUAAAAUUGCUAAUAUGAUACAGUAUGAUGGAUAAUACGAUAAUAUUGUAUCGAUCUCAAUUUCUUACACUGUGUACCUUAUUAUUAUAAUUAUUGUAUUUA